GAGGAGCUUGUAUUAAUACAAGAAGUCUAAAAUAAUUAUAAAAGCGUAUUAUAUGUACGUUCUACUACGUACAUGUGCACUGUUGUACAUUAUAGCUGUUAGCCUAGCCUUAUACAGCUAGCUAUGGCUUUUCUACGAAAACUGUUUCAAGGAUCAAGCAAGAACAAAAAGAAAGUUUACCCUCACUUGACUUACGACAAAGAUCCUCUUGAAAGUUGGGAAAAAAUUGGAGAACUGGGAGAUGGCGCCUUUGGAAAAGUGUACAAGGCAGAGAACAAGGAGAGUGGGAAACUAGCUGCUCUCAAGAGAGUGCCCAUUCGAGAUGAGACAGAGCUAGAUGACUUUAUGGUAGAGAUUGAAAUUCUGGCUGAGUGCAAGCACCGGAAUAUUGUGGGCAUGUACGAAGCCUUCUCUUUCGAUUCAGCCUUAUGGAUGUUUAUCGAAUUUUGCUCUGGUGGAGCAGUGGAUGACAUCAUUGUUGAACUGGACCAUGGACUAUCAGAGCCUCAGAUCAAGUGCAUUUCCUAUCAACUCUUCGUGGCAUUGCAGUUCCUUCAUGAAAAAGGGUGUAUUCACCGGGACCUGAAGGCAGGCAACAUCCUCCUGUGUCCUGACGGCACCAUCAGGCUGGCUGACUUCGGUGUGUCUGCCAUGAGUGGUAGGAGUGGGAAGGUUAAAAAUGACACAUUUAUCGGAACUCCGUAUUGGAUGGCACCAGAAGUUGUGGUGUGUGAAACUGACAAGGACAAUCCUUACGACUCAAAGAUUGAUAUAUGGAGUGCUGGAAUCACAUUGCUAGAGCUAGCAGAUAUGAAUCCCCCCUACCAUAACCUCAGUCCCAUGAGAGUCCUGCUCAAAAUCACACGGAAUGAGCCACCCAUACUAAUAGCACCCUCAAGAUGGUCGAGUAACUUCAGUGACUUUUUAUCGAAGUGUCUUACGAAGGAUCCUGCCAGUAGACCGCCUGCCAGUGAUCUCUUGGCACACCCCUUCAUUGCCAGCUCUACUGACAACAGGCCUCUCAGGGUACUCUAUCAGGAGGUGAAAUCGGAAGUGCAGGAGACAGUAGAGGACCUCCCUGAGGAUGCUGAUUUGCUGCACGACCCUGAGCACAUGGAGGAGACUAUCUCAGCCUCCUCUCGAACCCCCUCUGUUGGGGAAAUCAGCACCCUUUCUCCCACUGACACAGAGCGAUCUCUAGCUACCCCAACAAAUGUUGGACCUGUUGCUGAAGUUGCCUCUCCUGAGCCUAAUGAGUCUGGUCACACUGGAAGUAGUAUUCAUGAUGAGGCCCAGAGGAAUGGCAAGCUCUCUACUACCAGUUCAACAUCUGAUAUUGCUGGUUCCGAUAGGAAAAAACCCAGCAUAUCUGCGGAAGAGGCAUCUAUUAACUCAGAAGCUAGCGGACCAGAGGAGACAAUCUCAAAGGAUCAAAAAUAUGCUACGCUGUCCCGAGUACGUAAGUUCAAGGUGGAUGGGCAGGUCAUUCAGUCAACCACUAAGAAGAUCAUAAAUGUGGGGGAGGGCAACAAAACUCUGAGGGAUAACAAGAAGUACAAUGAUAUGAGGAAGCAGGAUUUCCGAGAGCUAAAGCAGCUGCAACGAGAGGAGAUGAAAGAGUCCAUCGUGUUUUACGGUAAGAUCAAGGUGGACAAGGAGGCUCAGGAGAGAAAAUUCGACAAUGAGAUGCAGGAGCUUGAAAAGCGUUAUGAGAUUGAAUUGGAGGCCAUGAACAAGAGACAAAAGAAAGAGAUUGACUCCCAGGAGAGUCACCAUAUCCAACAGUUCAGGAGCAGAGGGAAAUUGCUCAAAAAUCAACAGAGCAAGGAUAUGAAACGGUACAAAGAAAAUCAGAAGGAAGAGGAGAAACUAGCACUCAGAACAGUGGAGGUGUCCGUCACUUUAAGAUCUGACAGAAAGAGAGCACUCAACGAAGCCAAGGCUGACAUAUCAGGAAAGAGACAACGGAAGGAUCAGGAUUUCUCAGGGAAGCAGGCCAGAGAAAUGGAGAUAGAAUUAAAAAAAAUACUCGAUGAGCAGAAAGAUGAGAGAAAAACACUGGAAAUGAGGUUCCUGGAUGCUAGGCAGGAUCUUAGACGAAGCCACACAAGUUCUCUGUGGGAGAUGGAACAACGACAGAAGCAGGACAGGCACCAAUUACUCAAGCAACAAGUCAGAGAAGCUUUCCACAUGCAGCGCCAUCAAAUGCAUGCCAGACACCAAAAGGAAAUUGAACUUCAAGCACGUAGAGAUCAAUUUAGGUUGGAAGAGCUAAGGCAGGAGCAAAUUCUGCAAAAGAGACAACUUCCUAAAAAACUGAAGAGUGAUCACAAGGCCCAGGUAAAUGAACUAAGAAAAGCCAUCAGGAACAAGAAGGCAGCAAAUGACAAGGAAAAAUUCCGACAACUAGAUGAACAGUAUGUGAAGAGAUCACAGCUGGAGACAGAACUCAUGAACGAGAAGCAUGAGAGAGAACUUGAGACUCUAAAGGCGGAAUUAGAAGCCAACAUGCGAGAACUACAGGAAAUUCAGUAUGAGAAAAAGAUGCAGCUGACUCAGCAAGAGACUAACAAAAUCAAACAGAGGGAUGAACAGCACACUCAAGAGCUCAGAGAAUGGAGAAGUGAAUUGGGGAAAAGGAAACAGAAACUGGAAGAUGAGUUCCGUCGAGUUCGUGAAGAACAAGAGAGGUUCUUUUCUGAAGACCGUGCCCUACCCAUGUCCCUGAAGACAUCUUUCUCUCUUCCCCAAGUGUCUCGUGAGCAACGUGCCUUACGUACCACCAGCUUGCCGUCACAACCAGCCCACUGGGCAACACCACCACCAGGCCAGAGCAUAGAGAGACAAUCAUCGCUCAACACUCUAGAUGAGGUAGUACUUGGAUUGCCGACCAUGGAAGACCUGGUUGACAAUUCUUAGCCAAUUGAAGCACAUUACAUUCCUAUUGCAUGCAUUGUACACAGUACAGAAGACUGGCACUUUUUUUAGCUAAUUACUUUUGUGUCUUUUAUGUGCACCAAUAAUAUUAUGUCGAUCAUUACCAAAUAAAAUUAAUUAUGAACUUUGACCUUUCAAAUGGACCUUGUACCUCUUGUAAUUACCGUAUUCACCCGAAUUACCGGGACACUUCGGACUUACGUAAUUUUUUUCAUUCUAUAUUAAGGAACAACAGGAAAUGUAAAUAUUUUUAGACGUCCUGAUCUAAUUAGAACAAAAAAGAGCAUGUUAGCUCGAUAGAGACUCAAAACUCUUAGAAACUCUCUGGAUUCUACUCUCUGGCACCGUAAUAUGUCACUGACGGUUGAAGACACCUUUGUAGACAUGGAACACGCGUACACAGCUUCUAAACUGCACGAAAUACAUUUUAGCUGCAGAGCUAGCCUCGGCCUGGAAUCGAGGCCGUGUACAUACCUUAAAUGGGGAAAUAUUCGUUCUAAUUACUACAGGACACCAGGGACACUUCGACUUUAACGUAAUUUUUCUUGCUCUAUUCCAAGGGACACUGCAAGCCAUAAUUAUUUUUUUGUGUCCCGGUAAUUCGGGUGAAUACGGUAAUAUCUCUAUCUAUGGGUACGUAUGUUCCUCCUCGACCUGCUGGGAAUAUUCUGCAGGAAGAACAAACUAUAGUACCAGUAGCCACACUGCUACCACUCGUUUCAUCCCAGAUGUGCUGGGAAUGAGUGCAUAGGUAAAACCAUAUGCAGUAUUCACCAAUUAAUCCUCCAGUGUCGUGUGGAAGAGCAUGUGCAUGGGAUCACUUAAAUUUUAAUGAUAUUCAUUAAAUCAAUCAGGAAAUGCCGAAUCGAAACCAAAGACAAAGAGAACAGUGGAAGGUUUAUAGUAAUUAUUGUCAUUACUGCCUAGCUGUCUUUAUCAGGUUGCAAGCCUAAUGCAUGUACUGGCAAUUUUCGUGGUUGAAUCCCUGAGUACGAAUAUUUACCCACGAAUGAAGCACCGUUACCUGCAGUGCACAUAACGAACUGCACGAAUAAUUAUUCCUCAACCACAAAUGUUUAACCCCCAGAAAAUUACCUAUACGCUUGUAGUUACAGCCCAAUCACAUUACUAGUAUAGUAUUAUAGUAGUACGUAGCUUUGUAUCUAAUGCAUUUAUAAUUAUACCAAUAGUAGAUAUCAGUUUGGAGAUUAACCGAAUGUAGCCACACCCAAUUCCGUAUUCCUAAAAUGUGAUAUUCCUGAGCGUGACAUACAUAUACAAUACAUACAAAGGUACAAAUUAGAUACGAUGCAGUAUUAGUUGCCUCAUGCCAAGGCGCUCGGCAAUAAUUAUCAUUGAGUCUCAGUGUUAUCUUUCUUACUUGAACCAUAGAUUGAAGAGUUAGAGGGAUUGGAAACGGAGUGGUGCAUGUGAUGCUUUUACAUUGAAUCUGCAGUAGAGCUCUGCGUUACGCCCUAUAAACGAAGCUAUUAAGCAAAAUUUUUGCCAGGUAACUCCCUCAAAAUAAGAAAGUUGUGUUUCUUUGAGAAUACGUCUAGUCCAUGAGCCACGUGUAGUACUUGUUAAUGGCUGACCACACCCAGUAAAAAGAGCAUUCCAAUGAAGUUAUAAUUAUGUUCCCAAGGCUGUUUUAGAGCUAAUGGAACAUGUAGCGUGACUACUACUGUUUCCAAUCCCUCUAACUCUUCAAUCUAUGGUUUUAACUGAUCCAGAAUGUUCACCUUCAGCCAUUUUUUUGGCCACAGGACCUCGUUAUGCAAAACUGAUAUUUUAAGGCCAUGUCAAAUUAAUUUCCUGUUUCUCAUCAGAACCAGAAAUUGUAAGUGGAAAUGCGCAACAAAACACAAGGAUUUCUUUGUAUUUGUAACCGGAAUGACCAUCAUGUGAUGCAAUUUGGAGGUUGUAUAAGGUGGCAUAUGACCCACUAACUUGCCUCUGCAAUAACAAGAAGGAAAAGAGAUAUAGAGCUCUAGAGCUACAGUUUAAAAUCUAGCACAGAGACACUUAGACAAAUAUUUAACUUUCUACGUGCAUGUGAGAAACAGAGUUUAAAAGUUCAAGGUUCAAAUUUCUUGUGUGCGUUUUGGGGCAGUUUCGUACGAGGGAGGUGACGAGAAACAGAAAAUUAACUUGGUGUGUGGCCUAAUACACUAUUAUGCUAAAAAUAACUUGCAACCAACAUUCAGAGCCAGUGAAUAGCUAGGUUGGGGCGACACCAAACUAUGCCUGCAUGUAUUAUAGAGAAACAAGCCAACUGGCACUUGUAUACAUUCCUGAUUUCACCUCACCUACCUAGGGUAUAAGUAUUUCAUUUCCCUAAAUAUUUGCCAACCGGUUAAUUAGGCUGACCCCCCCGAGGUAACUUGUAUAUGUACAACCCCUCGGGUUUUCAUUAUAGAAGGUGUGUUGUUGCCCGGUACAGAGUUUCCAGGAGCUAAAAGCUCGGAGAUUAAGGGAGUGUGGUCACAACCGAUGACAGGGUCUGUUAAGAAGAAAGUUCUACAAACAGAGACAGAGAGUGUUGCUGCUGAUGGAGUGACAUUCCUUGAACCUUGAAUCUUCGAUAAAGAAACGGAAACAAAACAAUUUUGAGCAGGACAUGGAGAAGAGAUGGAUUGAAGUAAAACUAUUCCCAGAUUUCAACUCUCAGCUUAGAGGGAUGGAUAAAAAGCAGAAAUGCCGAAAAAGUUGGAUGGCAUAUAAAGUUAAUACUGAUAUCGCACCAGAAUGUUACCUGGACAAAUUUAUUGAAAGAGGUCAUUUUAAAGAAGCAGCCACUGUCAGUGACAAAGAGAAUUUGCAACUAGAUUUUCGCUUGUGUGAAAUACUAAGGAGGAAGAAACAAAAAGAAAUCAAGCUAGCUCUUCCAGGUAUCCACCCAAAGUACAAAGCAAACAUUUGACACAUAUAUGGCUGUGUGAGAAUUAGUGUUGCUCCAGCUGGAUCUAGUGGUUGUGACUGUUCUUUAAUGUUUACAUCAGCUGGCAACUGUGUUUGUCAAUUGUUGUGUGAAUGUGUGCACUAAGGAAGGCUCUGGCACACAGAUGUCAGCUACACGAUAUGGAUUUAUCAUUUCUGUGCUUGCACAACGUGUAAAGUGAAAUCAGUUCUUGUUACUACA